GGAUGCUCUGGAGGGGGAGGAUGCUCCGUCCCGGGAUAUCCCGAGCAGGCGCGGCGGCCGCCCGGCCCCGGCUGCUGCUUUAAGGGGAGGGACGGAAGCCUGACCCGUCCCCGGGCUCGGCCGGGCCCUUAAAGCCUCCGCAGACCGACCGGGGCCGGUCGUGGUACAAACCACCCGGGCCACCAUGGGCUCCCUGGGGCGCUGCCUGGCCCGGAACCUCCCCGGGCUCCGCUGCUAUAGCUCCGUGACCCGCGGUGGUCGCGCAGCCCCCCCGGCUCUGCAGGAGAAGACACUUCUGCUGGCCAAGCCGGACGCGGUGCAGCGGCGGCUGCUGGGGAUCAUCAUCCAGCGCUUCGAGCGCCGCGGCUUCAAGCUGGUGGCCAUGAAACUGCUCCAGGUGGACCGGGGGCUCGUGGACCGGCACUACGAGCAGCUGCGGCUGAAGCCCUUCUACCCCGCGCUCGUCGCCUACAUGACCUCGGGGCCGGUGGUGGCCAUGGUGUGGGAGGGUUACGAUGUGGUGCGGUGCGCCCGGGCCAUGGUUGGGGACAGCAGCGCCGUGGGGACCAUCCGGGGGGACCUCAGCGUGCACAUCACCAGGAACGUGGUCCACGCCAGUGACUCUGUGGAGAUGGCCCAGCGGGAGAUCGGCUUCUGGUUCCAGCGGGACGAGCUGGUGGCCUGGGACAGCCGGGACAGGGACAGCAUCUACGGGCUCUAGGGUCGGGCCCCGGCCGGGGGGCACCCCCCGCCCCCAAUAAACCCCGGUGCCUCCAGCUCUGCCUUCGGUCUCCUCCCUCGG